UGCUAUUAAACGUGAAUCAAUGGAUCGUGCAGAAAAAGUGUCUAAAGGAUUUGCAUAUUCCUAUUUGGUAGCUGCAACUAAUUUUAUGGUUAAUCCUAUCAUUACAAUGGCCAUAGUGUCAUCUUUUAAGAGACAAGCAAUUCUUCUAGAGGAUGUCUCACUCCCCAUUAAAACAGAGUAUCCUUUCGAUAUUACAUCAAGUGUUUUUCGACUCUCAGCUGUAUUUAGUGUAACAGUUCUUGCAGAACUUUAUGUUUUGCGUAUUCUCAUGGGUUUUGAUACACUAUCAGUGUCUUUAAUGAACUAUUGCGCAGAUUUAUUUAAGAUACUGAGUUCUCAACUACGAAGUCUUCGGGUGGAAUCAUCGCAAGGAGAUCAGAAUAUCUGGACGGAAGAGAACAAGAAAAAAAUCCUAAAUGAUUUGAAAGAGAUUGUGAAUAGACACAAUCAAUUCAUUGAUUUCUCAGAUCGUCUCGAAGAAGUUCUAAAUCCUAUGAUGCUUGCUCAGUAUCUAUCCAGUACAUUUAUGUUUUGCGUUGUUGGUUUUCAACUUUCAAUUCUAAUUGAAUCUCCCUAUAACUUCUUCAUCAUUACGACUUACUGUGUCUCUUUGGGCAUUCAACUCUUCAUGUACUCAUGGUUUGGCUCGUAUCUUACAACUGCAGCAGAUGAAGUAUCAUUUGCAGCAUAUGAAUCGGAAUGGUUUAACACUCCAGUAACAGUUCAGAAGGAAAUAAUCUUAAUAAUUCAGAGAUCUAAUCAUUCUGUUGGAAUUACUGCUGCUAAGUUCUACUACAUUUCCAUUGAAAGUUUCGCAAAAGCUCUAAGUUCAGCUAUAUCAUAUUUUACACUUCUCCAGACGAUUUAUGAGAAGUAAAUUUAGUACAAUUUAUAC